AAAGUAAUUUGCAUUGCAUCGAAAAUUCUUUGGACUACUAACUCCGCCGAGGCCGCCGAGCUCCAUCAUCAUGCGAUCAUUUUGUGAAGGAGGAAAAGUGUUGGCCGUUGAGUGUUGUUGUAUAUUUUUCAAAAGAAGUUUUUUUUUGCGGGCGCAGUGCGAUGUAAUAUUUUGAAAAUGAAAUUAAGUCAUGGAGGUUGUAUGAUUGCACAUGUAUUACAGACAUAUAGUUGUGUUUAGGUACUGACAUUAUUUUGUAAGUUGGUGCUGAAAUGGACGGAAAAGUGACUUUGAAACUUCUGAUGGUAGGAGAAACUGGUGUGGGUAAAUCAAGCCUCCUCCUGCGAUUCACCGAAGAUGAUUUCAAUCCUGACCAACCCUUAACGAUUGGAGUUGAUUACAAGCUCAAGGAAGUCACAGUUGAUGACAGUACUGUGAAUUUAGCAAUUUGGGACACAGCUGGACAAGAAAGGUUCCGUGCUUUGAGUCCCAGUUUUUAUCGUGAUGCUCAGGGUGCAGUUUUGGUAUAUGAUGUGACCAAAUUACAGACUUUUACAAAACUUGAAACAUGGCUUCAGGAAUUGGAUAUGUAUUCUAGAAGGAACAAUGUUGUUAAGAUGAUUGUUGGAAAUAAAAUUGACAAAGAGAACCGGGAGGUAAGUAGAGAGAAAGGCUUGGACUUUGCCAGAAGGCAUCAAACAAUGUUUGUUGAAGCAAGUGCGAAAACAAAAUUCGGUGUCCAGUCCGCCUUUGAAGAAUUGGUUCGAAAGAUAAUCCAAACACCUGGCCUCUGGGAGAAGUAUGGAACAAGUAGUGAUAGAGUAAAUGUUCAUGAUCAUGAACCGCCAUCGGUGCCAAGCUGUGGUGGUUGGAAAUGCAGACUGGUAUAAUGUGAUUAACUUGUACUGGCAGGAUGUUGCAUCACAUUUAACACUAGCUGUCAUUUGGGUUGCAAGUUCCAGAGUUCUUCACAUUCAGGUGGAAGCACUGAGUAUUGAGUUACUCAGUAUUCGUCUCAUGUUGAAACUCUUUACAAACUGUUUGGUAAUACAUUGAAAUCCAAUUGUAACAUUGCAUUUAGUGCAUUCUGUUUUGCAUACAUUUUAGUAUAAUAUAAUUAACAUUGUAAUUUAAAAGUAAAGUUUCAGCAUUUCCUAAUAGCUUCAGUUUAGUGGCUUCAUUAUAACCAGUCAUUUUGUGCUGCUAUCUGGAUAUUUAGUUUUGCCUCAUUUGUUAAAAAUAUUUUCAUUGAGGUUUAAAAUUGUUUAUACAAGUCUGAAUUAAGUGGCAAUACCUUAGUGUGCAGGAUUUCAGCUGUUUCAUUGUAAAUAAAGAAUUGCAACAUU